CUUCCAAGGUAUCCCAAAGAACCCUAUUGAAAGCAUCUCCAAGUUUCAGUCAUUACCCGUCUCGGCGAAUUCUUCUCUGUUGUAUUCUCAGAAAUCGAUCGGAAUUCGUAAGAAAGUAUAAAUCUUUUUGUUGUUAAUUGUGCGAUGCGAGAAAUGGAAAAGUCUGCGAUCACUACAGCUGCAACUGGGCGUCCCCCACAAUUCUCCGGGAUGUUUCAGAAACUGGCUUUGGCCGUGAAGACGAAGACCUACGAGUUCUUCGCCGAGGAAGACCACGACGGUUCGGUCGCCGCAGCUGAUUCCAACGCCGAUGGCUUCGCGCUCCUCGACUCGGCCGAGGAUUUCAUCACCGAUCAGAAAGUUGUCGUCAUCAAACCCGAUAAGCCCCACAGUGCCAAAACUCCCUCUCCUGGAUCUCCGGUGAACGAUCUUCCGACCGGGAACUUGGCCGUGGAGCGGAAACCUAACCGAUUGAAGCCCACCCAGCUCAGAAAAUUGGAUGCCGAGAUGGGUCAGGGCUUGAUUUCGUCGGUUUUCGCGGCGGUGUCAUCUUGCGAAGCUUCGUAUCUUCAGUUGCAAUCCGGGCACGCACCUUUCGUGGAGGAGAGCGUGAAAGCAGCUGAUAGGGCUCUGGUCUCUCACCUUCAGAGAUUAUCUGAUCUGAAGCGAUUCUAUAAGGACUAUCGCCAAAAUUCAGAUUUUGAGCACGAUUUGGCAAUUGGGUCAUAUCUGGAAUCACAUGUGCAGGAGAAUCAGAGCAAGCUUAGGGCUUUGGAAACCGUGUCGAAUCGAUUGCAAGCGGAGAUCGACGAGAAGGACUUGCAAGUUUGGACUCUGAGGAACAAAUUAGGUGAGAUUCAAAAAUCCAAUUCGAAAUUGUCGAAGAAAUUAUCUGCUAAUGCGAGAUCAUCCACCGAUAUCCAAUUGUCUGUUAGGGUUUUUGAGUCUCUGCUACAUGAUGCUUGUAGAGCUACACAGAAGUUCACUAAGAUUUUGAUUGAACUGAUGGGAAAAGCUGGAUGGGAUUUGGAUUUGGCGGCUAGUUCAGUUCAUCCUGACAUAGAUUAUGCUAAGAAGGGACACAACCGAUAUGCAUUAUUGUCAUAUGUCUGUUUGGGGAUGUUUCGAGGUUUUGACACUAAAGGAUUUGGUCUGAACGAGAUUGAAGAAGAAUCUGAUGCAUGUGCUUCAGUUUCUGGUAAAACUAGUGGCGCUAGUAAUAAUAAUUCACUGAGGGAAUUGAUGCAACAUGUAUCAAGCAAUCCAAUGGAGUUGCUAAACACAGACAGGGAUUGCGAAUUCUCGAAAUUUUGCGACAAGAAGUACCAAGAACUCAUCCACCCGAACAUGGAAUCCUCCAUAUUCAGAAACAUGGAUCAAACUGAAGCAGUGGUGAGUUCUUGGAGAUCUUUGAGCAUAUUCUACGAGUCCUUUGUCAAUGUGGCUAGCUCGAUAUGGAGCCUUCACAAGUUAGCCUUGUCUUUCGAACCCGUGGUUGAGAUUUUUCAAGUCGAAAGAGGGGUAGAUUUCUCAAUGGUUUACAUGGAGGAUGUCCUGAGGAAACAUGACAAGAAGUUACUGCCACCAAGUCCAACUCGGGCAAAAGUAGGUUUCACAGUGGUUCCGGGAUUUAAAAUCGGCUGCACCAUUAUUCAGUCCCGGGUUUACUUGAACGGCUUGAAAUCUAUCUAUCCAUUCGUCGCAGAUGUCGAUAAACAAGAAGUUUCCUCUGUUUCAGAACAGAAUGACUGUUGAAUCCACAAGCUCAUACAAUGGUUUAAAGGGCUGAAUGAUCUACGAAUGCUGUGGCGACUAUAUCACGGUAACGAUCUGUCGUCUCAGUGAGUGCAUUAGCCAGCCUUGUUCAAGCUUGUAUACAGUCCAUCAUCAGUGUAUAGGAGGAGGGUGUAAAGUUUCAGUUUUUUUUUGUCUACUCUUGUUUGUGCUUUGCCUAGGAUUAAGUUCAUCAUAUAGGGAAUACAAGAAUCAAACUAUGUAUUUGUUUAUUUAACUUGUAACAGAUUACCUGUUGGCCUUCAGAAUACAAGGAUCAAACUUGUAACAGAAUACAAGAAUCAAACUAUGUAUUUCUAUCCCAAAUAAACUUGGGAUUAAGGCGAUGUUGAUGAUCUUGUAACAGAUUGAUAACCAAACGAUGUCUCUUGUUAUUGUAGAAUCA